AGAUCAAAGUUUUGGCUUCUUUUGUUAACAUAACAUUCGUUUAUGAGAUUGGUCUUAUGAGAAGGUUCUUUAAUGGCGUCCUCGAACUCAGAGAAGAGAUGGAUUUUCCCUCUAGCAAUGGCUUCUCUCAUGUUCAUAUUCCUUAUAGCUGCAUCCUUCAACAUGGGUCUCCUCUCUUCUGUCCGUUCUAUUAACUCACUCAUCUUCUCCUACAAUCUAUCGACCACAAACGUUACACGAGCUGAAUUCGCAGAGUCAAAGAUCAAUCAGUCUUCUCAUACUCCUCCAGUACAGCCUAGUCCUCCUCGUUUUGGUUAUUUAGUUUCAGGGUCAAGAGGCGACUUAGAGAGUCUAUGGAGAGUGUUGAGAACAUUGUACCAUCCGAGGAAUCAAUACGUUGUUCAUCUUGAUCUUGAGUCUCCUGCUGAAGAAAGGCUCGAGCUGGCUAAACGUGUGAGUGAAGAUCCCGUUUUUAGCGAUGUUGGGAAUGUUCACAUGAUCACAAAGGCUAACCUCGUUACGUAUCGAGGACCCACAAUGGUGGCUAACACGCUCCACGCUUGCGCUAUUCUCUUGAAGCAGAGUAAAGAAUGGGAUUGGUUCAUCAAUCUCAGUGCCUCGGAUUAUCCUCUAGUCACUCAAGAUGAUCUGAUUGAUACAUUCUCGGGACUUGACCGGAACCUCAACUUUAUCGACCACAGUAGCAAACUAGGCUGGAAAGAAGAUAAACGAGCAAAGCCUCUGAUCAUAGACCCGGGGCUUUACUCUACAAAAAAGUCAGAUGUCUUCUGGGUUACACCUCGCAGAACCAUGCCAACUGCAUUCAAACUAUUUACAGGUUCCGCUUGGAUGGUCUUAUCUCGGUCGUUCGUAGAGUAUUGCAUUUGGGGAUGGGACAAUCUUCCACGGACUCUUCUAAUGUAUUACACCAAUUUCCUCUCUACACCGGAAGGAUAUUUCCAUACUGUCAUCUGCAACGCUCCAGAGUACUCUUCCACGGUGCUGAACCACGACCUGCAUUUCAUAUCUUGGGACCGCCCUCCUAAACAGCAUCCUCGGACGCUCAACAUCAACGAUACAGAGAGGAUGAUUACAAGUGGAAGUGCGUUCGCGCGCAAGUUCAGACACAAUGAUCCUGCCUUGGAUAAGAUCGAUAAAGAGCUGCUCGGUAGAGGUAACGGAAACUUUACGCCUGGUGGUUGGUGUGCAGGGGAACCAAAAUGCUCGAGGGUUGGUGAUCCAUCAAAGAUCAAGCCCGGUCCUGGAGCUAACAGGCUUCGUGUGCUUGUUAGCAGACUUGUUUUGACAUCUAAACUGACUCAAAGGCAAUGUAGAUAGGCUUCAUAUGCGCUUUAGAUGUUCCAUGUCCAAUUAGUCCGUUUAAUUCUUUCUGCAAACUGACAAACAUUGUGGAAAAUUUUCACUAUUUUCUUAGCCAGAAUAAUAAUCCAAUUCACUUCAU